AUGGCCGAAGUCGGCGAGGACAGCGGCGCCCGCGCCCUGCUGGCGCUGCGCUCGGCGCCCUGCAGCCCCGUGCUGUGCGCCGCGGCCGCCGCCGCCGCCUUCCCCGCCGCCGCGCCGCCGCCGCCGCCGCCGCCCGGGCCCGCCGCGUCCCCGCCGCCGCCGCCGCCGCCCGCCCAGCCCCCGCCCGGGCCUCCGCCGCCCGCGCUGCCGCCGCUGCCGCCCGGCGCGGCCCCGGCCCCGGCCCCCGACCCGGCCCCGGCCCCGGGCGCGGGCGCGGCGCCGGCGCUGGUGGCCGCGGCGGCCGCUUCGGUGCGGCAGAGCCCGGGGCCGGCGCUAGCGCGCCUCGAGGGCCGCGAGUUCGAGUUCCUCAUGCGGCAGCCCAGCGUCACCAUCGGCCGCAACUCGUCGCAGGGCUCGGUGGACCUGAACAUGGGGCUGUCGAGCUUCAUCUCGCGGCGCCACCUGCAGCUCAGCUUCCAGGAGCCGCACUUCUACCUGCGCUGCCUCGGCAAGAACGGCGUCUUCGUGGACGGGGCCUUCCAGCGGCGCGGCGCGCCCGCCCUGCAGCUGCCCCAGCAGUGUACCUUCCGGUUCCCCAGCACAGCCAUCAAGAUCCAGUUCACAUCCCUGUACCAUAAAGAAGAGGCUCCAGCUUCUCCCCUGCGACCGCUCUACCCUCAGAUCUCCCCACUGAAGAUCCACAUUCCGGAGCCGGAUCUCCGCAGCCUGGUCAGCCCCAUCCCCUCCCCAACCGGCACCAUCAGCGUCCCCAACUCCUGCCCUGCCAGCCCUCGAGGAGCCGGGUCCUCUGGCUACCGCUUUGUCCAGAACGUGACCUCAGACCUGCAGCUGGCUGCUGAGUUUGCUGCAAAGGCCGCCUCUGAGCAGCAGGCAGAUACAUCGGGCGGGGACAGCCCCAAGGACGAGUCGAAACCACCAUACUCCUAUGCACAGCUCAUAGUGCAGGCCAUCUCCUCCGCCCAGGACCGGCAGCUAACACUAAGCGGCAUCUACGCCCACAUCACCAAGCAUUACCCAUACUACAGGACGGCCGACAAAGGCUGGCAGAACUCUAUCCGACACAACCUCUCUCUGAACCGCUACUUCAUCAAAGUCCCACGCUCCCAGGAGGAGCCUGGGAAAGGCUCUUUUUGGCGCAUAGACCCUGCCUCAGAAGCCAAGCUUGUGGAACAGGCAUUCCGCAAACGGAGGCAGAGGGGUGUAUCCUGCUUCCGCACCCCCUUUGGGCCUCUGUCCUCACGGAGCGCCCCAGCUUCACCCACUCACCCUGGGCUGAUGUCCCCUCGUUCCAGCGGCCUGCAGACUCCAGAGUGCCUGUCUCGAGAGGGCUCCCCCAUUCCACAUGACCCAGACCUAGGGUCAAAGUUAGCCUCCGUUCCUGAGUACCGCUAUUCCCAGAGUGCCCCCGGCUCCCCUGUCAGCGCCCAGCCCGUGAUUAUGGCUGUACCUCCUCGACCUUCUAACUUAGUGGCCAAGCCUGUGGCCUAUAUGCCAGCCUCCAUAGUGACCUCGCAGCAGCCCUCGGGCCACGCCAUCCAUGUGGUGCAGCAAGCCCCGACUGUCACCAUGGUCAGGGUGGUCACCACCUCUGCCAACUCAGCCAACGGCUACAUCCUUGCCAGCCAGGGCCCGGCAGGUGGUGCCCAUGACACGGCAGGCACAGCUGUGCUGGACCUGGGCAGCGAAGCAAGAGGUUUGGAAGAGAAACCCACCAUUGCAUUUGCCACGAUCCCUGCAGCCAGUCGUGUCAUCCAGACAGUAGCCAGCCAGAUGACCCCAGGCGUCCCUGGGCACACGGUCACCAUCCUGCAGCCAGCCACGCCAGUGACCAUCGGGCAGCACCACCUCCCGGUCAGGGCCGUCACGCAGAACGGGAAGCACACUGUGCCCACGAACAGCUUAGCCGGCAACACUUACGCCCUCACCAGUCCCCUGCAGCUCCUGGCAGCCCAGGCGAGUUCAUCCACGCCGGUGGUGGUCACCCGGGUGUGCGAGGUGGGGCCCGAGGAGCCAGCUGCAGUUGUUGCCGCCACAGCGGCCAGUACCACGCCGACCCCAGCCACCUCCACUGCCGCCCCCAGCUCUUCCAGCGGGGAGCCCGAGGUCAAGAGGUCCCGGGUGGAGGAGCCCAGUGGGACAGCCGCCACGCAGGCCACAGUGAUGGCAGCCGCCGGCUCCCAGGGCCCCGGUACUGGGGAGUGACGCCACCCGCAGAAAGGUGGAGUGGGCCUCGCAUACAAGAGCCCGCACGUGGGCCGCAUGGUGGGCCGAGGUGAGACGCGCAGCCACUGCUGCACCCAGACGCUUUGCAUUUUAUCUCCUGUCCUCCCAUGGUUUGAAACAAAACAUAAAUCCGUUCAGACAACUGA